AUGUGUGGUCUUUCUAAGAAGCUGGAUACUGGGAAAUCAAUUUCAGAUCAAGAGAAUGAUUCUUCGGACAAACCCAUGAAUGAUGCUGAGUGGGAACAUUCGUUUUCUGCUUUACUCGAGUUUGCUGCAGACAACAAUGUGGAGGGCUUUAAGCGGCAACUCUCUCUUGUCUCUUGUAUCAACCAGGUGGGUCUCUGGUACAGACGCCAGAGGUUUGUUAGAAGGAUGGUUCUUGAACAGAGAACCCCGCUGAUGGUUGCUUCGAUAUACGGAAGUUUAGAUGUUGUUAAGCUUAUUCUUUCUUUACCGGAAGCCGAGUUGAAUAUGUCUUGCGGUCCGGAUAAAAGUACUGCUCUUCAUUGCGCUGCUUCUGGUGCUUCUGUGAAUUCCUUGGAUGUUGUCAAGUUGCUUCUGAGUGCAGGAGCUGAUCCUAAUAUCCCCGAUGCUCAUGGGAAUCGUCCUGUGGAUGUUCUUGUUGUGUCUCCGCACGCUCCUGGUUUGAGAACCAUCUUUGAAGAGAUUUUGAAGAAACACGAGAUUAUAUCUGAAGAUCUGCAUGCGUCGACAUCUAGCUUGGGGUCAAGUUUCCGGUCUCUCUCAUCAUCACCAGAUAACGGCUCCUCUUUGCUCUCUUUAGAUUCAGUAUCCUCUCCGACUAAGCCAAACGGUGCUGAUGGAACUUUUGCAUCAGAGAAAAAAGAGUACCCGAUUGAUCCUUCAUUGCCGGACAUCAAAAGUGGGAUUUAUUCGACUGAUGAGUUCCGUAUGUUCUCGUUCAAGAUCCGCCCAUGUUCUCGAGCUUAUUCUCAUGACUGGACUGAAUGUCCAUUUGCACACCCAGGUGAGAAUGCAAGGAGGAGAGAUCCGAGGAAGUUUCACUAUACCUGUGUCCCAUGCCCUGAUUUUAAGAAGGGCUCCUGUAAGCAAAGCGAUAUGUGUGAAUAUGCUCAUGGGGUGUUUGAAUGCUGGCUACACCCUGCUCAAUACAGAACCCGAUUGUGCAAAGACGGGAUUAGUUGCAACCGAAGGGUUUGCUUCUUUGCUCAUGCAAACGAGGAGCUGCGUCCAUUGUACGCUUCCACAGGCUCUGGAUUGCCAUCGCCUCGGUCUUCUUCUUCUGUUUCCGCCUCUACUAUGGACAUGACUUCAGUUUUGAACAUGUUACCAGGCUCACCAUCUGCUGCAGGGCAACAUUCAUUCACCCCACCAAUCUCUCCUUCCGGAAAUGGUAUCAUGCCACAUUCAUCGAUGGGUUGGCCUCAACAGAACAUACCAGCGCUGCAUCUUCCUGGAAGCAAUAUCCAGUUGAGCCGUCUGAGAUCUUCUCUUAACGCUAGAGAUAUUCCUUCUGAGCAGCUUAGCAUGCUGCAAGAGUUUGAAUUGCAACGUCAGCUUUCUGGUGAUAUGCACAGUCCGCGUUUCAUGAAUCAUUCUGCUCGUCCCAAGACCCUGAACCCUUCAAAUCUGGAGGAACAGUUCUCAGCCGAGGUUUUAUCCCCUCGUUUCUCUGAUCAGCUUGCGGUCUCGUCUGUUCUAUCGCCUUCCCACAAAUCUGCACUUCUAAAUCAUCUGCAGAACAAUAAGCAGAGCAUGCUUUCUCCUAUCAAGACAAAUCUAAUGUGUUCUCCAAAGAAUGUGGAGCAACAUUCUCUUAUGCAGCAUGCUUCAUCGCCUCGAGCAGGGGAUCCUAUUUCCCCAAUGAACUCUCGAAUGAUCCAGCAGGUACAUUCACGUAGCCUUAGCUCCCGUGAUUUUGGAUCCAGUCUGCCCCAUGAUUUAAUGCCGACUGACUCUGGCUCGCCACUAAGUCCGUGGUCAAAUUGGGACCAGACCCAUGGAAGCAAGGUGGAUUGGUCGGUACAAUCAGAUGAAUUAGGACGGUUGAGAAAAUCACAUUCCUUGGCUAAUCAUAAUAGCCAAAACAGGGAAGCAGAUGUUUCUUGGGUUCAGCAGCUGGUAAAAGAUUCUGCAUCGCCUAGGAACAGCAACCGAGUGGUGAACAUGAACGGUGGGAGGCCAUUGGUUCAAGGUGGUUCGAGCGUGAACCCUCACAGUGACGGUCGUGAGAGUGACAUGAUUGAUGCGUGGCUUGAGCAGCAGCAGGAUCGCUGA